GGGAGACGUAAGGGAUGCAUGAGGAACUCACAUGAGACACACGAAGAGACAUACGUAAAGACAUGAUGAAAGAGACACUGAGAGAUUAAGCUGCUGAGAGGAAAAGGAAAUGAAGGACUUGUCAGUAGAAGUCGGGGUCUCUCAGCGGAAAGGAGCUAAAGUAACUCGACCCAGAGUUUGGCUGAAGAACAACCUUGUUCGAGUUGGACUUGCUGAAUGUCUUUGCACGUUUGUCAUGAUGGCGUUUGGCCUGGGGUCUGUGGCCCAGGUAGUGACAGGACAGGGAGCGUUCGGACAGUACCUCAGCAUCAACCUGGGUUUUGCACUUGGUGUCACUAUGGGGGCACAUGUUGGCGGUAAAGUCUCAGGGGCACAUAUGAACGCUGCGGUAUCGAUCACAAUGUGCACGUAUGGUCGCCUUGCAUGGAAGAUGUUGCCUGUGUAUGUCUUUGCGCAGCUGUUGGGAUCAUUUCUGGCAGCAGGGACAAUUUAUGCUGUCUAUUAUGAUGCUAUCCAUGAGUACUGUGGAGGAAACCUGACAGUAACUGGUGACAGGGCCACUGCUGGUAUCUUUGCCACAUAUCCAGCACCAUACCUCUCUGUGAUGUCUGGAUUCAUUGACCAGGUGUUUGGCACAGCCAUGCUGCUGCUGUGCCUGAUGGCUCUGUCCGACCAGAGGAACAAGCCGGCCGCAGCAGGCAGCGAACCUGCCGUGGUGGGUCUCCUGGUGCUGCUCAUCGGCAUCUCUCUGGGCAGCAACAGCGGCUACGCCAUCAACCCCAACAGAGAUAUCGCACCCAGGGUCUUCACUGCCAUAGCAGGCUGGGGAACUGAUGUGUUCAGGGCUGGAAAUGGAUGGUGGUGGGUGCCCCUAGUUGCUCCCCCCAUUGGAGGUGUGCUGGGUGCAGGGAUCUACAGGACCUUGGUGGAAUUACACCACCCACACGAGGCUGAACAGGCUGUUACCACUUCAGCCAUGUGUAGAGGCAGGAAAACCCUGGUUGUCUGUCCCGACGUUCUGCAGUCCAAGAUUAAUUUUUUUAAGGCAUGGUGAUGAUGCCCACAUGAUUACAACA